CAAGAUGGCCGCGAUGGCACCGAGGAAGAAUACAGAAUGUUGGAUUUAAUUCAAAAAUGUACUCUCGAAACCUCAAGAAAUGGCUUUGAGAAACAGAUUUAGGUCCUUUCUUGGUCUUGACAGAUCGGAUAAAGAUUUUCCUGAUUCAGAACUUUCAGAUGGACCUUCAGAAAGCAUUUUUAAGGAGGAUAGCUCGAGAGAGUUUGACGAUGAUCCGAGGACUGAUGAUGAGGUUUUGGAAACAAUAGAGGAAAUAUACUUCUCAGAUGCUAAAUCAUUUGAUCCAAGUGAAUAUGAGUUAAAGAAAACAACUGAAAAGGACCUCGUGCUAGAGGAUGUUGAGGAAUAUAGGAACACUUUACGUCAGCAGUUGCAAUCAGUUUCCAAAAAGCUUUAUACAAAGGUGCUUGAGAACCAUAGCGCUUAUGUGCAGGAGUUACAACGAGUUAUGGAGCUACAAGAAUCUCUUCAGAACGCUUCCUCAAUAUGUGAACGAGGUCGCAGACAUCUUGAUAAAGCACGCAGAGGAGUGUCAGUUGGUGGGCUUGGUAUUUUAGCCAAACACAGGAAAAAACAACAUUUGAUUAGUUUACUGGACUCUCUGAGAACUAUCAAAACACUGCAAAGGACAGAUGUUCGACUCAAAGAAAUGUUAGAGGAAGAAGAUUAUCCUGGUGCAAUAACUCUUUGUUUGGAGUGUGAAAAGGCAGCAAGAGCUUUCAAACAUUAUCAAUGUAUAAGCGAGCUCAGCUCAAAUCUUCAGGAAACUUUAAUUGAUAUUGAGAAACAACUAGACAUAGCUCUUGUGAGGAUUUGCAAUGAAUUUGACCCAGCAUAUUAUGAAAGACUUCAAACUGGAUAUCGAUACUUAGGAAAAACCCAGAUCUCCAUGGAUCAGUUAAUCAUCCACUUCAUGAAUCAUAUCAACCAAGUGUCAUUUUCUGCAUUGCUGGACCAUGUAGAGGAUGACAAUUCAGAAUAUAUCGCAGAUGAUGGACUUCAGCAUGUACAUUUUGGUGAAUUAUGUAAAGUAAGAGCUAAAAGUUCCGUUGAAUCAAUAUUAACUUUAUUUCAAGGUACAAUUGAAUAUACAAUAUUUAAUAUUUUUAAAAAUUCUUCUCAGAAAGUUACUGUGGAGCAUUACACGCCAUGUUUACUGGACCUCUGCAAGGCGCUUUGGGAGGUCAUGUUAAAUUACCAUAAAGUUAUAUGUUGGCAUGAACAGUAUGACCCAGCAAUGCACGUCAGUACUAGUGAAGCUAGCAACGAGAACAAGGAUGACGAGAAAACUGCAGAAGCUACUUACAAUAGGAAUUACAUACGGCAAAAACUAGACCAUGGGCUCAACAGGAUAUGGAAGGAAGUUCAAGAAAGAAUAAAAACACACCUUCUUAGCACUGAUCUUUCAUACUUCAAAUAUGAUGAUUUUAUAUACGUUCUGGAUCUUGUAAAUAGGUUAAUUGUUGUUGGGGAAGAGUUUUGUGGCAGCAAGUCUGAGGACUUGAAUGAAUCCAUUAGGAAACAGACUGUCAAGUAUUUUAAGAACUACCACAGAUCGCGGAUGGAUGAACUGAGGAUGUUCUUAGAAAACGAAGCAUGGCAGCUUUGUCCAGUAAAAGCCUCCUUCAAGAUUAUUGAUUUACAGGAAUUUCGCUUCAUGAAGCAAAAGCAGACACCGCUGAUCAAAACACACCGUCGUACAGCUUCAGGAAAUAUGCACACAGUAACAGGCACAGGUUUCUUUUCACGGUACGCAACGCAAGGUAAUCCUUUCGACGAUGUUUACAUUGAAGAUGAAGGCGAAGAUGUCAUGGCUCAGAAUGGAAUUGAGGGCGAUAUCGAUAAACGAAGAGACGACGAUGACGACGAGGACGAAGAUGAUGAGGACAUACCAGAUGAGUUAAAACUAGACUAUGUGGACGAGCGGACUGGUGAGGUUCCUGAUGGCAGGUCUGAAGGAUACCUUCAAAGUCGCAAACAUCAAAAAUUCCUUUCUCGUGUACCGUGUAUCACAAACACAACGUUAAACGUACUCAGAGUGUUUGGUAAAUACAUGCAGAUGAUGAAUGUUCUCAAACCAAUCGCCUUCGAUGUAGUGAUUUGUAUGUCACAACUUUUCGACUAUUACUUAUUUGCGGUGACGUCUUUCUUUUCGCCCGAGGUCUUGGUUGAUGGAAGUGCUCAUGGUCUCAGUAUAAAACUUCGAACGACAUUGAAACGCAUCUCUGACAAUCUCAUCAUGAAAAGUGAUCCAGACUUGGCUAUUGACAGUACAGCAGAUGACAUGAAGGUUCCUUAUCCACACCUUUCACCGAUGGUUGAUCUUAGUGCAGACUCGAUGUUUGGUCUGUCGGAAAGAAUCUUGGCAACCGAGUCUCUCAUAUUUUUAGGGAAACAAUUCGAAUAUUUACAAAGUCAUCUCGAUGCAGUAAUUCCUUCAAACAAACGUGCUUUUCUCUCCCAGUUUUACUCCCAGACGAUAACCACUGUUCAAGAAAUUCGUAAACCAACUUACAGGGCCGUAGCGUCCAGAAUAAUCGACUAUGAAAAGACUUUACACCUAAUGCAAGGGGUUCGAUGGGACAUCAAGGAUAUCAUGUCGCAACAUAAUGCAUAUGUUGACAUCUUAGUCAGGGAAUUUCAAGUUUUUAGUUUAAAAAUGUCUCAGUUGUCAAAGAGGAUUCCUGUUCCUAAAGAUGCUUACAAUGUAUUGUGGGAUCACUGUAUUCGACUGGCGAACAGAACAUUUGUUGAAGGUUUUGCAAGUACCAAGAAAUGUAGCAACGAAGGACGAGCUUUGAUGCAACUUGACUUUCAGCAAUAUCUAAUGAAACUGGAGAACUUGACAGAUAUACGGCCCAUUCCAGACAGGGAAUAUGUAGAGACAUACAUCAAGGCUUUUUAUUUGACCGAAAAUGAAAUGGAGAGAUGGAUUAGAGAACACAAGGAAUAUUCAAGUAAGCACGUGACUAGUCUUGUUACUUGCGGCGUUGGCUCACACAUAACCAAGAAAGGUCGACAAAAACUAUUGUCAGUAAUUGAAGAAAUAGACAAAAGUAAGCAGCGUUAAGAAUUAUACUUUCGACCACUGAAUAGCUCACAAUUGUGGACACACUCAUGAAAGAAAUAGGCAAAAAAGAACCAAAGUUAGGCUAAACAAAUCGGGGUAAAUGUAAACUAUUCGAUCAUGGAAAACUCAAGUAAAAAGAGGGCAUGAAAACAUACGGUCGAACCUCUGUUAAACGACCCCAUUCCAUAGCGGUCACCCUCGAUAAAGCGGUCACUCAUGAAUUCCUCAAACGCCAUCGAUUCUCAUAUAUAUUUAAUGUAAAAGUAAACUCUAAUAAACGGUCAACCUCCAUUAAGCGAUCACCUGGUCUUUUCCCAAGAUCACCGCUCAAUAGAGGUCGGAAUAUUUUUUUCUGGAUUUAUUUCCAAGGGUCUUUCUCCCGGAAUAAGCACUAUAACUUUAUUUCUAUACCAUGCAUCUCAUAGUGCCAUGCGGUCCUCAUAUUMAUAUCGCUUAAUAAUAGAGGCUAGACUGUACUGGUUUGUCUUUGAUUAGCUGUACUACAAAACGAUUUAGCAGUGGCAUGUUUUUGAGUAGCUGAAUGGUUUUGCUGUCGACUUUUCAGACAUAAUUUAGCAUUUUCUUUGGUCUUGUGGCUUCUUAAUUUCAUUUACUGUAAAAUAGUGCACAAUUUAGACAUCCUCGAACCAGAGGUGAUCUUUUGUCGCUCGUGCCAGGAGCGUGGAACGAGCGACAGCAGAAUACCACUGGGUCACCAAGGAUGAUAAAGUUCAACGCAGCAAUGCCCACGGAUACUGGCCUAUUCAAACGUAAAAAUCAAWUUUCCACGUUAUUACAAAAAUGCACUGUAUAACUAAUAUACGUUUCCCUUCGUAUAUCAAAAAUAUAAAUUUGAAUAUAAUAUGUAAAUAAUUUUAUGUAAAUUAGUCGUCCUCCAGGUCAACAUGGUAGUUUUAAGAUUAAAGUUUUGAAUUAACA